AUGCUGCGGCGCGGAAUGGGGUGGCCAGCGCUCUUCGGGGUCAAAGGUCACUGCGCCUUCUCCAGCCUUCCUCCUCCUCCUCCUCCUCCUCCUCGGAAGUUGCCAGCGUGGGCCCGGGGCCUUUCUCCCCUGCAGAGACUCAGCCAAAUGCUCCAAGAAGCCCAAGAACCGUGCUCCCCCUUGCAAUGUGCUCCCCAAACCCUCCACGAGGUCCCAGAGGCCUCGGGGCCUGUACGGGAGUUGGCCUUUUCCUCCUCCAGGGAUGUCCCCUUUCGGGUUGGGGAUUUAGUUUUAGUAUCGAGCCACGGAAGGCAAACGACUUUUAGAAAAAUAAUGAAGCUAAAAGAUGCCGGGCAGUUGUCUAGUAACUGGGGGACGAUACGGCACCGGGACGUUUUGGGGAAGUGUCCUGGACAAAUGUUUUCGAGUUCCACCGGUUACCACUUUAUGUUAAGGAGGCCAGCACUGGAAGACUAUGUCUUACUAAUGAAAAGGGGGCCUAAUAUUUCAUAUCCAAAGGAUGUGAAUAUGAUGGUAAUGAUGAUGGAUGUCCACCAAGGAGAUGCUGUUUUGGAAGUUGGUUCUGGUUCUGGAGGAAUGAGUUUGUUUUUGUCAAAAGCAGUUGGAGCACAAGGAAGAGUUAUGAGUUUUGAAGUAAGAAAAGACCACCAUGAAAUAGCCAAAAGGAAUUAUAAGAACUGGUGUAAUGCUUGGAAAAUAAGUCAUUCAGAAGAGUGGCCGGAAAAUGUGGAUUUCAUUCAUAAAGAUAUUGCCACAGCGGUUCAGGAUUUAAAGUCUAAAACAUUUGAUGCCGUAGCUCUCGAUAUGCUAAAUCCACAGGUUGCCUUACCUAUUGUGUACCAAAGUCUUAAACAGGGUGGUGUAUGUACCAUAUAUUUAGCAAAUAUCACACAAAUUAUUGAGCUGCUGAAUGGAAUAAGUAUCUGCAACCUUGCCCUCUCUUGUGAAAAAAUCACAGAGGUUACCCUUAGAGACUGGUUGGUGUGCCCAGCCAAAAAGAAAGACGGUACUUUUGUUCAAGGAGUGCAACCUAAUAUGAAUCUAGAUUCAGAGUUACAUACUCAUGAGGAUAAUGAAGAUGAAGAAAGAGAGGAAGAGCAGGUACAAGCAGAAGACAAUGGAGAAACACUCUCUGAUAGUCCAUAUGGUGCAGUUCCCUACAUUGCUAGACCUUUACACUGGCAAUGUGGUCACACAGCUUUUCUCAUCAAGUUACGGAAGUUUAAACCAGCACAUACAUCAAGUACUUCAGAUGACAGCAACUAGAUUGAGAAAAGUAAAGUUUGAC